GAGGAGAAGGAGAAGCAGACGGACAUCAGAACCAGAGCAGCUGAGGACCGAGCAGCUUCCACUGCAGCAGAAUCAUGAGUGUGGAUGAAGACGCUCGCUGGUUGGAGUGGGUAACCAAACAGUUUGAGACUAUCGCUGGAGACGACAAAGAGAUCGACAUCGUUGAGUUUAAAACUGCACUCAAAGUCAAAGAGUCUUUCUUCGCUGAACGCUUCUUUGCGCUGUUCGACUCUGAUGGCAGCGGAUCCAUCAGUCUGGAUGAGCUGCUCAAAGCUCUGAAUCUCCUCAUCCACGGCGAUGAGACCGAUAAGCUCCGCUUCCUGUUUCAAGUCUACGACGUUGACGGCAGUGGUUCCAUCGAUCCAGAUGAGCUGAGAACGGUUCUGAAGUCGUGUUUGCACGAGAGUGCGAUCUCUCUGCCAGAGGAGAAGCUGGACGAUUUGACGCUGGUUCUGUUUGAGUCAGCUGACAAAGACAACAGUGGCUCCAUCACCUUCGAAGAGCUUAAAGCUGAGCUGGAGAACUUUCCAGAAGUGAUGGAGAACCUCACCAUUAGCGCUGCUAACUGGCUGAAACCACCGGAUCCUGAUCAGAAGAAGCCUCAGGCUCCUCGGUAUCUAACCCGGGCCUACUGGCAGAACAACAGCCGGAAGUUGCUGUUCCUGUGUGUGUACGCUUUGCUCAACCUGCUGCUCUUCAUCAGCGCCAUGCUGUACCACAGCUACGGUGGCGGCUGGUUCAUGCUGGCCAAAGGCUGUGGACAGUGUCUCAACUUCAACUGCACCUUCGUUAUGGUGUUGAUGCUGCGCCGUUGUCUGACGUGGCUCAGGGCCACCUGGGUGGUCAGAAUCCUUCCUCUGGACCAGAACAUCCUGCUCCAUCAGAUCGUGGGCUACGCCAUCCUUGUUUUCACGCUGGUGCACACGGCGGCGCACGUUGUUAAUUUUGGUUCGCUCAAACACGUGACUCACCUGGUGAUCCGACGCCCCCAGUUCUUCCAGUUUAAACCUGGAGAUUACAUCUACAUCAACAUCCCGGUGAUAGCCAAGUACGAGUGGCACCCGUUCACCAUCAGCAGCGCCCCCGAGCAGACAGACACCAUGUGGCUUCAUGUGCGCUCCAUGGGUCAGUGGACCAACCGCCUGUACGAGUACUUCAGGCAAGCCGAGAGCCAGGAGGUUUGUCCCAAGAGGCUGGCCACCAGCCUGAGGAAGCGCCAGCAGCAGAAGGACCAGAUGUUCCCCUGCUCUGACUCUGAGGGGGCCGUACCUUCUAACCAGGACGACGACGUCAAGCUGACCAUGUUCCGUCAGAACGGAUCGCAGUCCGGAUCGGCCUCAGAGGAGCCGGGACUGGCUGAACGAGGGGAGGGCUCCCUGCUGAGGGAG